ACACAGGACGAAUGGGUGGUUUGCCGAGUAUUUCAAAAGAGUCCUGGGGCUAAAAAGUAUCCUCCGAACCAAUCAAGAGCAGUGAAUCCUUAUGUCAACCUUGAAAUUCCCUCUUCUCUUCUUCCACCACCCAUCAUGCAGCUCGGGGACCCUUCCGCCACUCAGUACGGCUAUGGAAGAAACUACAUAACCAGCACAGAGCUGGCUGAGCUUAACCGAGUUUUGAGAACUGGUGGCAGUGGUGGCAGCAAUGGAGGAUCGACCCAAGGUAUCAAUUUAUCAAUGCAGCCCCAGUUUAACUAUCCAAAUACAGGAGGUUGCUUUACAAUAUCUGGGUUGAACUUGAACCUUGGAGGAGGAAUAUCACAACCAGUUUUGCGACAAGUGCCGCCUCCACCAGUGGCAACAACAAUGACAAUUGGUCAGGAUAUUGCUUCAUCCAUGAUGGCAAGUACGAUCACUCCUGAGACUGCCUAUGGAGCGGAGAUCAACAACAAUGCCAGCGGACAUAGCAACAGAUUUAUGAACAUGGAUCAUUGCAUGGACCUAGAGAAUUACUGGCCUACCUGGUAAAAUGAAGCAGCUGAUCAUAGCCAAAUAUAUGCAUAGAGAUAGUUCUUACUUCUCCCUUUGUUGGACGUUUCACGAAACCACCUUUUUCUUUUUUUCUUUUGUUGAUGUGUGCCGUUUCAACUCCGAAAUUGGAGUCUACUUGUAUCAGUAAGCAGUCAAACAGCUCUUUUUUGAUUACUUAAUACCUAUAAUCUCAUAGAUUUGACCUUGAAAGUAACUGCUACGUACCGUGAUUUCAGCUGAAAGACACUUCAGCUGCAAAGUUUCAUUCAAGCUGCUGCUAACAUCACAGAGAAAGUAGAAUUGAGCAGUGAAGGGUAACAAGAGAUGGGAAUUUGAAAUAAUUUAUUUUUAACUUCGCGACUAUUUUACAACACAUCGAACAAAAACUUGGUACAGCUCCGGUAUCAGUCAAAAAA